AUGGAGGCCUACUUCCAAUAUAGAGCCUUCACUCCGAAGAGUACCCCGCACCUUCCCACCUACGACGAACAAUCUCUCGAGCAUCCAAAAUCUCCCAUAAUAUACGUCUCCUUCGACUCUGACGACCCCCGCGACCCCCAAAACUGGUCUGGGCUGUACAAGACUUUUGUCAUAGGCUCGCUAGCAUUCUUGACACUUUCUUUGACGUUUGCGAGCUCGGUGUCUGCAGCUGCAGAGGAGGGAAUGAUGGCAGAGUUUGGGUGUUCGCAAUUAGCCGCAACGGCGGCAACGAGUAUGUUCUUGAUAGGGCUAGGGCUUGGAGCUAUGCCCUUUGCCCCUUUGUCUGAAUUAUACGGCCGUUUGCCCGUCUACCUGAUCACUAUAUUUCUCGCGACUGUAUUCCAGAUUGCCUGCGCCGUCGCGCCCAACCUUCCUGCCCUUCUUAUCCUACGGUUCAUUGCGGGUGUGUGGUCAACGACCCCUCUGUCGAAUGCUGGAGGGUCACUGAAUGACGUUGGGGAUCCGGUCUUGAGGACCAUCGCCAUGCCUCUGUUCUCGACUGCUGGUUUCUUGGGUCCAUGCCUGGGUCCCAUCAUCGGAGGUUUCGUCGCUCAGAACCCUGCCUACGGCUGGCGCUGGUGCUACUGGGUGUGCGCCAUCUGGAACGGCCUCGCCUUCCUCCUCUGCUUCUUCUUCAUGCCCGAAACCCUCUCAUCAGCGCUUCUCAAAUUCAAAGCUGUCGCUUAUCGCAGAGCGACAGGGCAAGAUGUCUGGAGGGCGCGCAUUGAGGACGAGACGUUUGGAGAAUUGACGCCAAAGUAUCUCCGGAGGCCGUUCAAGAUGCUGGGGCAAGAGCCGGUGGUGCAGUUCUUCAUAGCGUAUCUUUUGGUUGUGUAUACCGUGCUGUACGGAUUCUUUGAUGCCUAUCCCAUCGUCUUCAAGAAGCACGGCCUGACUGGCGGUAAAGGCGGCCUCAUGUUCAUCCCUGUACAAGUCGGCUUUCUCCUCUUGAUGAUUGUCAAUUUCCUUCAUUGGAAAAGAUACAGGGGACUCGCGAGGGACGCGAAAUCUGGGGUGGAGAGAAGGGGUAUCAAGAAUGGAAAGAUUGAACCAGAGGAGAGACUCAUUCCUCUCAUGCUUUGCUCUUGGCUCCUUCCCGCAAGCAUGUUCUGGUUUGCGUGGACUUCCGGGCCAGAGUUCAACUUUUGGAUACCAAUGAUGAGCGGACUGCCUUUUGGCAUAGGUCUACUGUCCAUCUUUCAAGGUUCUUUUCAAUAUCUCAUCGACGCGUAUGGUCCAUUUGCCGCAUCUGCUCUUUCUGGGUCAACCCUGGUGAGGUAUGGAGUUACGGGUCUUGUCAUCCUAGCCUUCCCGACCAUGUACGAAUCACUUGGAGAUCAAUGGGCCACUUCACUGUUCGCAUUUAUCGGAUUAGCGUUGACCGCUGUUCCGUUUGUCUUCUAUCUCAUUGGUCACAAGAUCCGCGCAAAGUGCCGAUUUACAGUGAGAGAUUGA